AUGUGUUGUGACUGCCCCAUUGACUUGGGAUGCAAGGUGAUGCUUGUGGAUUUAAUAGUGACCAAGAUCUUCCAUUAUGACGUCGUCAUGGGCAUGGACUGGUUGACCAUGAUGAAAGCAGAGAUUGACUAUGACACUCUGAUAGUGAAGAUAUACGAAGACGAUGGCACUUCCCUCACAUUCCCAGUCCAGGUUAGCCACGAUCGUAGAAUUUUGUGUUAUACAUCAUUAGAGGAGGGUUACCAGGGGCCUUCGCUAACUUGCACUCCUGUGGUCCAAGAGUUCGUCGACGUGUUUAAGGCCAUACCCGGACUUCCCCCUCGACGUGAGAUAGACUUCACGAUCGAUCUGACUCUGGGUGUCACACCCAUUUCCUUGCCUACUUACUGCAUGCCCCCAUGUGAGAUGGAAGAGCUAAGGUCCCAAAUUGACAAAUUGCUAAAGUUAGGCUUCAUCUGA